AUGCCUAGAACAAACAAAGAGAAGCCGGUCACGGCGCAAGCGCCAUCCGCGACGUCUCCCAAGCUGACGACCUCAUCUAUCAAUGCCGAUCCAAUUCUCGGAUACAAGAUUCGAGUUCUUAUUCUUGAUUUCCUCAGAAAAGCAAAAGACCCCGAAGCGCAACGACGAAUCGACUCAACGACCGAGGUCAACUACAUCAGCGGCCCUUACUUCGAUCAAGAACAAGCCAAACGAGUCAGGGAAGCUACUGUAGACGUGGAACUUCAGAUCAGCAUAUCCGCAGCCACCCAAGACAACCACGAAGGCGACGAAAAUGAGGAACGGAAUCCCAGGGUCAGAAUAAGCGGGCUGACUGUGGAAGAGGCUAUCGAGACAGUAAUGAAUGGAUUCUUGGAUGAGCGUAGGGCCAGUGGAGACACUAAGCCUUGCGGACCACACGACCUCGCUCCGAUAUAUGCAGCACUUUUCGGCAUACACUUGCUCGAGCUGCAGUCCCAUCAGUUCUUGAGUCGGUCGCUCGGAACACCUGCUAAGUACAUCGGAACGGCAGUCCAGAUGAGCGCCCUCGGAGGAGGUUCCUCAGAUAGAUCCGAUGCUGCCUCGCCUAUGAGCAUUGCCUCAGAUACUAGUGACGAAGGUGUUGAACUCGAAGUUGGUGACAGUGACAACGAUUCGACCCUUGACGACCGAAUGUAUGAAGAACUUGAGUUGCCACACGCGAUUAGAGCUAAUGAUGCAGGUCUUCAGCUGGAGGUGAGUGUAUCGAGUUUUCUGCUGCGGGACCAUGCUGACCUUGACACGGCCUACUUUGCCCCCAAUGACGAGGAUCUGAUGAUACGGCCGGAAGCUGAGAGUCAGCAGAUCAUCGGUAACGACUUGAGUCCCGUCCAGCCAAGACUAGUCCCAACCAACGUCAGGUUUGAGAUCGAUGAUGUUGAAAGUGAUUGGGUCUAUGAAGAACAGUUCGACUUCAUCUUCAGCCGCUACAUGGCUGGAUCUCUCUCCGACUGGCCUACACUUGUGAGUAGAGCAUACGAAAAUCUUCGGCCAGGUGGAUGGGUUGAGUUUCAGGACUAUGACUUUGAAUUUUCGUCACUUGACGGAAGCCUAAGGCCCGAUCACAAAACACACCAGUGGGACCAAGCUUUUCUGGAAGCGGCCAGGCUCUGUGGCAUUGAGCCAUGCCCUGGAUCUAAGCUGGAGAACUGGGUGGAGAAUGCAGGAUUCAUCAACAUCGGGCAUAAGACAAUCAGUGUGCCUCUAGGGCCGUGGGCUAAAGACAAGUACCACCAAGAAAUCGGCCUGGGCAACUUGAUCCAGCUUCUAGAUGGGCUCGAGGCGUUCACAUUGAGGCUGUUUUGUGGGGUUCUUGGCAAGACUGAGGAAGAGGUGUCGACCCUGUUAUCCGAAGUCCGCCAAGAGCUGAGAUCGCAAGUCUUUCACGCCUUUGGCGAAUUGUGA